AGCAUUGUCAGAUGUGUAGUGUGCACACUUCAUCAGUGAGCGGUUUGUGUCACUUAUUCAGUCACGUGAGGACAUGAGCGGUCAGGCUGAGGAGGCUCUGUGUCUCCUGCUAGCCUGCGAGCUAAGUUAAAGCCUUUGCAACAUGUAGCGCUGUGGCGGUCCGCCUACGUAUCUGGCGGAAGUCACUGCCACUAGUCGCCAUUACGUUGACAGACUGUUCGACCCCGACCCACAGAAAGUGCUGCAGGGAGUCAUUGACAUGAAGAAUGCUGUCAUAGGAAACAACAAGCAGAAGGCCAAUCUGAUCGUCCUUGGAGCUGUGCCAAGGUUACUGUAUCUGCUCCAGCAGAGCUCAUCCAGUCUGGAGCUCCGGACAGAGUGUUCAGUGGUGCUGGGCAGUCUAGCCAUGGGUACCGAGAACAACAUUAAGUCCCUGGUGGACUGUCACAUCAUCCCUGCCCUUCUUCAGGGGCUCCUAUGUCCGGACCUGAUCUUCAUCGAAGCCUGUCUUCGAUGUCUCAGAACGGUUUUCAUAAGUCCAGUCACUCCUGUGCAGCUGCUCUAUACUGACUCCACUGUGAUUCCCCAUCUAAUGUCUCUACUGAGCCGCUCACAGAGAACCCAGGAGUACAUCACACAGAUCUUCUCCCACUGUUGUAAGACCCCAGAGCACCAGACGGUUCUUUUUAACCACGGCGCCAUCCAGAACAUCGCGCCUCUACUUAUCUCACCCUCUUAUAAGGUCCGGAUGCAGGCGUUAAAGUGUUUCUCAGUCCUGGCCUAUGAGAACACUCAGGUCUCCAUGACACUGGUUAAUGUGCUGGUGGAUGGUGAGCUGCUCUCUCAGGUAUUUGUCAGAAUGAUGCAAAGGGAUCAACCCAUUGAAAUGCAGCUAACAGCAGCCAAAUGUCUAACGUACAUGUGUCGAGCGGGUGCCAUCAGGACAGAUGACAGCUGCAUAGUCCUAAAGACUCUGCCGUGCCUCGUGCGGAUGUGCAGUAAAGAGCAUUUGCUUGAAGAGAGGGUGGAAGGAGCAGAGACACUGGCCUACCUGAUGGAGCCCGACGUGGAGCUGCAGAGGAUCGCGAGCACCACCGACCACCUGGUGGCCAUGCUGGCCGACUACUUCAAGUACCCCAGCUCUGUGUCUGCCAUCACCGACAUCAAGAGGCUGGACCAUGACCUGAAACACGCACACGAGCUGAGACAAGCUGCUUUCAAACUUUACGCCUCUCUAGGCUCCAACGAUGAGGACAUUCGCAAAAAGAUCACAGAGACAGAGAACAUGAUGGACAGGAUAGUCAGUGGCCUAUCAGAAUCCAGCAUUAAAGUCCGUUUGGCAGCUGUCAGGUGUCUUCACAGUCUCUCGCGGUCGGUGCAGCAGCUGAGGACCAGCUUCCAUGAUCAUGCGGUGUGGAAACCCCUCAUGAAGCUGUUGCAGAACGCUCCAGAUGAAGUCCUGGUCAUGGCCUCCUCUACACUAUGCAAUCUACUGCUGGAGUUCUCACCCAGCAAAGAGCCCAUCCUGGAGUCAGGAGUUAUUGAGUUACUAUGCAGUCUGACCCAGAGUGACAGUCCUGCACUGAGGGUCAAUGGGAUUUGGGCCCUGAUGAACAUGGCGUUCCAGGCAGAUCAGAAGGUGAAGGGAGAGAUUGUUCGGUGUUUGGGUACAGAACAGUUGUUCCGCCUGCUAUCAGACCCUGACACCAACGUGCUGAUGAAGACCCUCGGUUUGCUGCGAAAUCUGCUGUCAACACGCCCACACAUUGACCAGAUCAUGAGUUCUCAUGGGAAACAGAUCAUGCAGGCAGUGACCCUCAUCCUGGAAGCAGAGCACAGUAUAGAGGUCAAAGAACAGACGCUGUGCAUCCUUGCCAACAUCGCCGACGGCAACACAGCCAAGGAACUCAUCAUGACCAAUGAUGACAUGCUCCAGAAAAUCAAAUACUACAUGGGGCAUUCGAAUGUGAAACUGCAGCUCGCCGCCACCUUCUGCAUCUCAAACCUGAUCUGGAAUGAAGAGGACGGUUCUCAGGACCGUCAGGACAAGCUGAGGGAGAUGGGCUUUGUGGACAUCCUGCACAAACUCACCCAGGCCUCUGACCCCAACCUCAGUGACAGGGCGAAGACGGCGAUGCAGCAGUACCUAGCAUGACUACAGAGGAGAGAGAUCCCCUACUGCCAGCCUAACUAACAAUCACUGGGAGGACUCCUGCCAUCGGUUCCUUUGUUCCUUUUAGUUUAAUCUUGAGGCUUGUUUUGUUGCACAAAGACACCUUUUUGUUUGGACCUGUGGCUGGCCUCCCUUCACCACCCAACAGUUUUGUCUUGGAGACUCUGAGACCAUGGUUGUUGGGAAAUCAAUGGUUAGGAGGGGUUCUCUUGUUUUUCUUUUUCUUCUUCAACAAUGAAGUGAUUUUUUUUUCUCCUUUUGGGACUUUGUGAUUUGAGAUUUGUGAUUUUUUUUUAUUUUUAUUUUUUGUUUGUUUGUUUGUUUUUUUUGGAGUGCAGCAGCCUGACAGCAGCGCCUCACAGUGUUUUUGGACUCCUGAUCGAGGAGACUCUGGUCUCAGAGAACUGGACUAACGAGGUCUGACACAAGAACAGGGCUGUUGGACAGCAAAGGUUCCCCUUUUUAAUUUUAAAUUUUUUAAUUAAUAUUAAUGUUUCCUUUAAGGCAUCACAAAGCAAGGACACAUUUGGAAAAACAGACUGCCUAUUUUGAAAUUUUGGGUGUUUUCUUUUUUUUGUGGAUACAUACCUCGUAAAUAUAUAAAUAUAUAUAAAUAUAAACAUAAAUAUAUAUUUUUGGAUUUUUAUUUUCCCCUGACCCUCUGUUUGUUUUCAUUCAUUCUCUCUGAACCAUGAUUCCUGGAACAGUGGGAUGAAUCCACUGCGGUCUGAUUGUGAUCUAUCAGACCCCCCCCCCCCAUUUUUUUUCCUCACUGUUGUGGUUCAGCGUGCACUGGAGCCUGUCACCUCUGUCCAAUAUCCUUAUGAUCCCAAUGGGAAAUGUAGUUCCAGAGUGCUUACUCUGACAUGCCCAGUUACUAAUUAACAGGCAUGAGACACUGGAGAUGAGAGGAUGCAUGUAUCCUCUCAUCUCUUUUGAAUAAGACUUUGUUUGUUUCUGCAUUCUCUGCAGUUCCCACCCUCCACCCUUCUUCUGUGUGUUUGUCAGAAGGGAUAAAUGAUAGCUCCUGGGUUUCUUUCCUCUGAUGUGUUUGAGAAGUGAGCAAGGACAGAGUAGACAUAAGGAAUAAAACAAGUUUGAGACACUACAGUUUCCACAACAGCAGAAACAAGUGCUACAUUGUGUUUGCUCCCUCUAUUCUAUCAUUUCUUCUCCCAUCAGGAUAUUUCUAGACUGUUGCUCCCUGACAUUUCAAACCUUACUGAAACACUGAUAGAAUGAAUGUUACCAUUGAAAAUAUAUGCAGACCUGAAGAAGGA